AUGUCAAGGCGCAAUUUUGGUGCCAUAACAUGUGAGUCGUGCAAGGUCUUUUUUAGGAGAGCUAAUCUUAAACAGAAGGUUUUCAAUUGUCGUUUAAAUAAUAAAUGUGUUAUUAAUAUGAAAACGAGAAAAGUUUGUAAAAGUUGUCGAUUGAAUAAAUGCGUUAAGACAGGGAUGAAAAAUGAAUUAAUAAAAGGCAAACAACUUAUACUUGAAGACAAACAGGGAUUAAAUAAUGAUAACACAUGUGUUGACACAACCAAUGAUGGGAUUAUUGAAAAUGAAAUGGUUGACAGCACUCAUACCAGGGAUGACAGUCUCGUGAACGAGAUUACAAAACAUGAUAAAAAGUACAUUAAUGGGAGUCCAACGGCCGAUAGCUGUCAACUCUGGCCAUCAUUUGGAUCAGUGUUUUAUCGGAUAACAGAUUAUAAGAGUUUCAAUGACUUAGAGUCGCGACGUUUGGCCGAUUUGUUCAGCGCUUCCAACGUUUUCAAUGGCAUAUCGUUUUGUUCAUUGAAUUGCAUUGAAAUUACAGAUGUCGUUGAGCUCUAUAAGGCAUGGGGUGAGAAAAUGGACCGGGAUAUGAUUGAUUUGGUCAAAUUUACCAAGGCACUUAAUGCCUUUGACAGUAUUUGCCUAAACGAUAAGUUAGCACUUAUUAAAUACGGUUGUCUUGAAGUACUUGUACUCAGAUAUUGUAUACUUUGGGACAAUGAGACUGAAUAUUGUACAGCAGUUAUGCCUGAAAAGCGAAAUAUAUACUCCGUGUAUAAGAUAUAUUUGAGCAAAAUUUUACCCGAAUGGAAUCGGGAUUUUAUCAUUCUGGAUUUGUUGACGGCAAUAGUACUUUUCAACCCAAAUCGACCAAAUCUAAUACACCCGGAAGUUGUAAAAGUGGAGCAACAAAUAUACAUAUAUUUACUGCAACGGUAUUUAUUAAUGAAGAUUAAGUCCGAAUGGGAAUCGCGAACAAAACUUUCAAAUUUGAUGAACACUUUGAGUGAUUUGCAAAUCAUUAGUGACGUUGAGGUGCAAAACGGGGGCGAACUGUACCUCCAAUACUACGGACCUAUUCUUAGAGAAACCCUAUUUGAUGUCACCUGUAAUUCAAUGGCAGGAAACGUUGAACAAUGUGUUAUAUGUGGCGAUCAAUCAGCGGGCCGAAAUUCUGGUGUAAUUACUUGUAAUUCGUGUAAAUCAUUAAAUUGUCGUUUUGGUGGCGAUUGUGUUAUUGAUAUAAAGUUACGGAAACGGUGUACGAGUUGUCGGAUUAAAAGGUGUAUUGAAAUGGGAAUGAAAAGAGUAAUGGCCAAAAGUAAAGUAACCAAAAACAAUGAGUGUUCAGAAAAAUGGGAUUUAACUAAUGAUACGAUUAUUAGCUCAAUAAAUGAGACAUCGGAUGAGAUUAUCAGCAAUUAUGGGACAAAUAGUGAGAAACAAAUGAAUGAAAUACAGAUAUUCACGUCAAAGGAUAGUAAUGGCAAUAAUAAGUCGCUUCAAAAUAGCUGUAAUAUCGACGAUAUGUUUGUGAAGUUGUCAUUCAGUCCAGUGUUCAGCCAUUUAGACGAUUACAAAACAUUUAGUGAUUUGGAAACAAACAGAUUAUCGGAAUUGUUUAUAUCGUCAAAAUUGGCGCUUAUUAAGUACGGGUGUAUUGAAAUACUUAUACUCCGGUAUUCAAUACUGUAUGACAUUAAUACCGAUCUCUGGACAUGGGUUUGGAAAUCAGGGACUCCCAGAGGCUAUGCAUUCAAAUUAACCUCGAUGAAACAUGAAACAUUGGAUAUAUACUUAUUUUACAAAGAUUAUUUGCCUAAAGUUAGCACAGAAUUUAACCGGGAUUAUAUUAUACUUGACUUGUUGACAGCAAUAGUACUGUUUGAUCCAAACCGACCCAAUUUAAUACAUAACGAUGUUGUGAAUGAACAACACUGUGUUAUAUGUGGCGACCAAUCAAAAGGGCGAAAUUUUGGUGUUAUUAGUUGCGAGUCGUGUAAAGUUUUCUUUAGGAGAAAUGGCAAACAAAAUACAAUACCUGUGUGUGGUUUUUAUGGCAAUUGUAUAAUUGAUGUAAAGUCACGGAAACGAUGCACGAAUUGUCGGAUGAAAAAGUGUAUACAAUUGGGAAUGAAACGAGCAAUGAAAGCCCCGAGAAUUUUGGCACUCAUUAAGUACGGCUGCUUUGAAAUACUUAUGCUUCGGUAUUCAAUACUAUAUGAUAUUAAGACCGAUUACUGGACGUGGGUUUGGAAAUCAUUCCCUCAAAGCGCGGAGGAGAAGCGUAGUUUAUAUUGGUUUUACAAAGAUUAUUUACAUAAAUUACACACUGAAUGUAACCGGGAUGCUAUUAUUGUGGACUUGUUGACAGCGAUAUUACUGUUUGACCCUAGUCGACCAAAUCUAAUACACAGGAAUGUUGUGAAAGCCGAACAGGAAUUAUAUAUUAUAUGUAAUAUUGAGAAGAAAAAUGGGCGAAAUUUUGGUGCAUUUAGUUGCGAGUCAUGCAAAGUGUUUUUUAGGAGAACUGCUCACAAAAGUCAAAUACCUGUGUGUCGUUUUGAUGGCAAUUGUAUUAUUGAUGUUAAGUCACGGAAACGCUGUACGAGUUGUCGGAUGAAAAAGUGUAUACAAAUGGGAAUGAAAUCAUAUAUGGAAAAAGAUGUCGAGGAUCUGAUCUCUUCGACAAAGAACUUAAUGUCAUUCAAUAGCCUGUGUUUUAACGAUCAGUUGGCGCUCAUUAAGUACGGAUGCCUUGAGUUAAUAAUCCUUAGGUUUUCAACAUUUUAUAACAUUAACACCGAUUACUGGACCUGUGCUCGGAAAUCAGACAUUGAAAAUGUUUGUGGAUUUAAAUUGACUGCAAUUAAAGAGGAGAAACGCGAUUUGUAUUGGUUUUACAAAGAUUAUUUGCCCAAAGUAAACACCGAAUGUGAUCAGGAUUGUAUUAUUUUGGACCUGAUCUGAACAGCAAUUAUAUAUUUAUUUACUCCAAAGAUAUUUGUAUUUGAAAAACGGAUCAAAAGCGGAAACUCAGAC